UAUAGAAUUUUUAUAGUUGAGAGUGUAGUAAGUAUUAUAUUUUAGGAAAACCUAUGUAGAAUCUAGGAAAAAGUAAGGAGAACUUAAGGAGAACCAUAAACUUAUAUUAAACCUAAGUAAACUACACUUGUAGAAAGAAGAUAAAAUUAAGAUAGAUAGUAAGAAAAUUUUCAUACAUAGCACGUGAGGUUGUUCGUCCCGAGAUGCAGCCGGAAAGGUUUCCUUUAAUACGUGAUACCGGUCGCACCGAACCGGUAUCAUCGAGUGACAUUUGAACGCAAAAUGUCGGUGAUAGCGACUAGUACUUCAAACUAUAAAAGGUGUACGGGACAGAGACGCGAUAGUCAGUACGGUUUUGUACGUGAUAUCAAGAAAAUCGUCAAUCGAGGGAUCAAUUUUCAGUACAAAACCAUGUACCACCAUAUAAUAUUCCUCUUGAACCUGUUAAUUAUGGUGCUAGCCGCUGAUAAACCGAUCGCCAUCAUCAGUCAAAGUCAAGACAUCAGUCCAGACGGUAGUUUUUCAACAAAAUGGGAAAGUGCAAAUGGUAUCGCUUUCAAAGAGGAAGGUUUCCUCAAGAAUCCCGGUCAAAAAGAUGCGGAAGCCGAAGAAGUUCGAGGUUCAGCGUCUUGGACAGCUCCGGAUGGCACGAAACUUAACCUAGAUUGGCUGGCUAACGAAAAUGGUGCCACUUUUCAAGGUGCCCAUUUACCGACACCACCACCGACCCAGCCAAUACCUGUUCUCAUCCAACGAGCAUUAGACUGGAUAGCCAAAAAUCCAAGCAAUGAAGGAAAGAAUAGAUUGUAGUCCUGUGAAACGUUUUGUUUUUACCUCGACAAAAAUAUUGUUGACGCGGAGUCUGAGGUUGGAGACGUUUGAAGGUGUA